AUGCAACGGACACUCUAUUGGUUCAUCUAUACGUUCAACUUGAGGUUGCUUAUGCCGGACCGACCCUUGGAAGAUAGUCAGGGACUAUUGUGCGGUCAUCUUCACUAUGGUAACGCUCCAAUCUGGGAAUUGACCUGGCAACUGCCGGUUUACAAACACCUGGAAGAGGCUCGCGCUACUGCUGUUAAGCCCAGGGUGAUCGUGUAUCCCGGGAUUUCAGACAAAGCCAGGGAGGCAGGUGACGUGCGGCACACGAGUGACCGCAGGUGGAACAUGCACCACUUACAACAACAUACAAACAUACUGCAGAGACACAAGUUCUGA